CAAGAAAAGGAAAGGCUACAGCUACCUUCUCCUUCUCUCUUCUUUGCUCGGAAAAGGUCAUUUCUUUAAUCGUCGGCGGCUCCGUCAACACUCAGACACUUCACUCAUUCACCGGAGAUUUCUGAUAUAAAGACCAAGAAAGCGAACAUCUUUCUUCUUCACCAUUCGUAUCUACAACUUCCCAAAAGAGGGUCAGUUUUUGAGUUGUAUAUUACCUCCAAAUGGCGGAGAUACAGCCGCCGGAGGGUCAGACUAACGGUGGUAUAGCUCCGGCGAUAAUCUCCACCGAGAACAUAUCAACUAAGAGACAACGUCGUCCAAGUGUCAGAUUAGGAGAUAUCGGAGAACAAACCUACGAUAAUCGAAGGGUUAAGCAGUGGAAGCCACCGAUAAAAGACUCCGGUAAGGGUAUGAGAACGCGUCCUGUUGUCAAUUUAGCGGCUGGGGGUGGUGGGGGUGGUGCUUCGAUGGAUUUUGCUAAUGAAACCCUAGAGGGAGAUGAUAGAGAAGGUGUCGCGAUUGGGAGCUGGAAAGUUCGAGAUGGGAAGUCUAAACGCAAACGAUUUAGGUCAAAUUGGAACUCGAAGGGUGAUGAUGCAGGUGAUGAGAAGUUUAGUGUUGGAGAUGAAGAUAUGGAUGAGAGAUUUAGGGAUUUCAAUGUUGAAGGUUCAGAUAGUCGAUUGAAAGAUCAUAGUCCAAUUAAUUCUAUAGAAAAUGUAGGGAUUGAUGUAGAAAGAAGGAGAAGGGUUGGUGUUCGAACUAGAGGAUUGGAAAAUAAAGAACACCAUGAAGGUGGUGGGAUUGAACUCGAAGGAGGAGGAGGACCAUCGGAUACAGAUGCUAGAAAUUGGAAUCACGAGGAAAGGAAUAGCGUUAGAGUUUGGCUAAAUCAAUUAGGGUUAGGUCGAUAUGCACCGGUAUUUGAGAUACACGAAGUAGAUGAUGAAGUUUUACCAAUGCUGACAUUGGAAGAUCUUAAGGAUAUGGGUAUAAACGCAGUUGGAACAAGGCGGAAAAUGUUUUGUGCUAUUCAGAAGCUAAACAGGGGAUUCUCAUGAGCUUUUAUAAGCUUCAUGAUGAUGAUGAUGAUGAUAAUGAUGGUGAUCUUUUUGGAAAGAAAUAGUACUAGUUAUCAGAAUCAUAUGUAUUUCAGCCAUUAAGAGGUCGGUUCUAUUUUUCAUCUUUUCGUUUUCUCUUCAAAUUCGCAGAUCUGAUGGAGAUGAAGAUAAUAAUCUUAACAGGGUAUU